GUGGAUUUGUGGCCGCCAAUGAACUGGGGCGCAAACAACAACAAGCGCGUCGUCACCUUCGGGGAGGCGAUGCUGCGUUUCCAGCCCAUGGACGAAACGACCAGUACCCAAGCCCCGCAUACACCGCAGACAUUUCUUCGCUCCAUAGGGGGAGACGAGCUGAACGUAGCUGUGGCUCUGUCCUUGCUUGGAACACCUGCAGCUUGGAUCAGUGUGAUCCCUACCGGGCCCAUGGGCGACGUGAUUGCUUCUGGCUGCGAAGCCAACAAGGUCGAGUUCCGAGGCUCGCGCACCGAAGGCGACAUAGGGAUCUUCACCAUCCUUCCAGCGCAGAAGACUGUGCAUUAUCAGAGGAGACAUUCCGUGUUUGCACAGCAUGCGCCUCAGAGCUUGGACUGGGAUGCCUUACUGUCGGAUGCUUCAUGGCUUCAUCUAACCGGUAUCACCCCUUUGGUGAGCACAGCAGCCCGCCAGAGUUGGUCCAAUGCUCUUCGCGCAGCGGAGAAGCGCCGUGUGCCGAUCUCUCUCGAUCUCAAUCAUCGUGCACAGCUAGGCACAUUGCGAGAACUCUGGGACAUCGUUUCACCGUUCUGUCACCUCCUUGAGGUCUUGAUUCUCUCUGUUGACCAGCUUUGCGGUCUGGCAGAGAUCCUUCUGCGGGAGACAGAGAUCUACGGAUGUGACGAGAAGUAUGCACCUGGAACGGCGUUUCAGCGUGAGUUCUUCAACUGCUGUUUGCAAGGUGACGGUGAUGAGGAAGCUGCAUCGGAUCUGGAAGUGCAAGCGCCUGGCAGUGUGCCGCAAGGAGGAAGAUGGCAGCGGCACUCAGCGACGAUGGAGCUACGUGACAGAGCUUAA